CUGCACUGUGAGGUAAAUUGAACAUUGACUUUCUUGCAGUCGGUGGACUUUGAUUGGACCCGGGUGCACAGGAGUACACAGUAACGCCUCUCUGUGGAUGUCAUAAAAAAGCCAGCCCAAAAAUAUAUAAAUACAGGGCAAAAGAUACAACUUUCCUUUCCGUGGAGUGGGGCCCUGUGUGGAUUUAUAAUCUGACCGGCAAAUAACAGGGGAUCAGGAGGAAGCUUCACUGCUACACAAACCAUUGGCACGAAACAAUGGUAGGACUUAAACCCUCAGAUGUUCCUCCUCCCCUUGGGGUGAAGAUGGCAAGCGCUGGACUGGCAGCUUGUAUAGCUGAUAUUGUCACGUUUCCUUUGGACACAGCCAAAGUCAGACUACAGAUCCAGGGAGAGAAGGCAGUGGAGGCGGCCAAAAACAUCCGCUACAGAGGUGUGUUCGGGACCAUCAGCACCAUGAUCCGAACAGAGGGUCCCAAGUCUUUGUAUAACGGGCUGGUGGCUGGGCUGCAGAGACAACUGUGUUUCGCUUCAAUCAGAAUCGGCCUGUACGACAAUGUCAAAAACUUCUACACUGGUGGCAAAGACAAUCCCGGAGUCCUGAUCCGUAUCCUGGCUGGCUGCACUACAGGUGCCAUGGCCGUGUCCUUUGCACAACCUACCGAUGUGGUCAAGGUUCGAUUUCAAGCCCAGAUGAACCUGGACGGAGUGGCCCGUCGAUAUAAUGGCACCAUGCAGGCCUACAAACACAUCUUCCAGAACGAGGGUUUACGUGGGCUCUGGAAAGGCACACUACCUAACAUCACAAGAAAUGCGUUGGUGAACUGCACAGAGCUGGUGACAUAUGACCUGAUCAAGGAGGCGAUCCUUAAACACAACCUGAUGUCAGACAAUCUGCCGUGCCACUUCGUGUCUGCGUUCGGCGCGGGUUUCGUCACCACAGUGAUCGCCUCCCCGGUGGAUGUGGUGAAAACUAGGUACAUGAACUCACCACCGGGCCAGUACACCAGUGCUAUCAACUGUGCCUGGACCAUGAUGACUAAAGAAGGGCCAACAGCUUUCUACAAAGGAUUUGUGCCUUCAUUUCUGAGGUUGGGAUCAUGGAACAUCGUGAUGUUUGUGUCAUUCGAGCAAAUCAAGAGGGCCAUGAUGGUCACCAAGAAAAGGGCGGAGGCCACUAACUGAAAGUCCUGUUUCAACAACUUUGGGACUCGUACAAUAUGAACCACCACCUUGUGUCAGAACAUCAGCGAAGAAACAAAAUAUACAAUUAUCUGACAGUAUUCUUGUUCUGAAGCAGCAAAGAAAUAAUCCUUUGUUAAAAAAGGAAUCUAGGACACUUGUCUUUGUGUUUUACCCUUCAUUUCAAAGGAACAGUCCAGACUUUAUAUUGAUAAGGGUUUGUCUCCUUUCUGUACCUACCUGGCCCACUUUUAUAGACUUACAAAUAGUUGAAUUUUUGAUUCCAUGGAUCCAUCUUAUGAUGCCAUAUAUUAAUAUUCUCCAACUAUCCAAACCUCCAGAUGCUGCUACCUUACACCAGCAAUAUUUCCUAAAAAUCAACAUCAAAGCUCU